AUGUCUGCGGACAAUAACGUUCCUGCCAGCAAAUUCGUUCCUUUAUUAAGAGAAAUUGUAGACGUUACUGAUCAAAUUACAGAAGUUUAUCAAAAUAUAAAGCAUAGUAGACGAAUUUGUGGAUUAUUAAUUGUCAAAAUACAAGCAGCCCGUACGUCACUAAUCAGUCUAGAAAUUUGUGCGAAUGAAUUCCCUGAAUCCACUGAUUUUUUUACUCGAGACAAUAGUACGAAUUUACGAAAUUUAAAACUUUUUAUGAGAAAAAUUGAAGAAUUCAUCAGAAAAUUUCAAGAUAUCCACAAUUACGGUUUAUUUUUUGAUCAAGAUUCUAUAAGAAAUGAAUUUGAUGACCUUUUUAACGAAUUUGAUAGAUAUUUCGAAUUAUUAAAAUUUUCAAUAUCUAUCAAAAUAAAUGAUCAACAAUCAAUAAAUAAUAUUGACUUGAUAAAUAAAGAUAUUGAAGAAAUGAAAGAGAGAAAUAAAGGGGCAUUUGACAUGCCGAAAAAGCAAGAUCUUCUCCAUAAAGAAAUUAGUUCGAAUGCAAGUCUUAAGCCUGAUGAUUUUAUUAUUGAUGAAGACACACCAAUUCGUGGCAAAGUUCAAAAAUAUCAUUACAAUCCUUUUGGUGAGGAUGUAGCGCUUAAGAAAUUAGACUUAAAAGAAAAUAAGCAAAAUAUACAGCAAAAUACUCUUGACCUUCAAAUUGGCAUUUUGAAAACUAUUAAUGAAUCACGAGAUAUUAUUAAAUACUUCGGCCUUGUUACAAUUAAUUCUCAACAAUUUCUCGUUACUGAAUGGGCUGAAUAUGGAACAUUGCGUGAAUAUUACCAAAAUAAAAGCCCAGAUAUCACUAUCAGAGCAAGACUUGCUUUGGAAAUUGCACGUGGGUUAAACUACCUUAGUGCGUAUGAAAUCUAUCAUCAUGAUGUUCGAAGUGAAAAUAUAUUAGUUGAUCAUCUCGCACGUGCAAAAAUCACAAACUUUGAAUUGAGUCGUAGUUUUAGUGAAGCUGUUAGUAAAAAUAUUGAUCUUUCAAUGGAAAACGUUCGCUACAUGGCUCCCGAAAAGAUUAAAGAUAGCACUAAACGAUAUAAUUUAAAAUGUGAGGUGUUCAGCUACGGAAUGCUUUUAUGGGAACUUGCGGAGCAAAAGGUUCCUUUUUCUGAAACUGGAUUUACAGUACUUGCAAUAAGUCAACUAAUAUUAGACAGAGCGAUGAAUCUAAAAUUUUUAAGUCAUGAUGUACCAGAGCAAUGGAAAAGUCUUGUAUUUGAAGCUACUCAAUACAAAGCCAAAGAUCGUCCGGAGAUGAAGGAAAUACUUAGGAAAAUUAGAAUAAUAAAUGAAUCGAUUAAUACAGCCGCUCUCGAUGCGUCAGAAUCAAAUGAUGAUGAUCUAUCAAAUGACGAUGAUGAUCUAUCAUUUGAAGAAGCGGUUGAGCAGACAAGUCUUAAAAGUGGUUCUAAAGAAAGAGCUUGGAAAACGAUUGUUAAAUUCUCAGAAAUAGAUAAUGAUUAUACUGCAAAGUAUUGGAAGGGAUAUUAUCUUUUUAAUAAACUGAUUAACUUUCCAUACUCUGAUGAUGAAAGAAUGCAGCUUGCUGCUGAUGCAUUUAAAGAAGCUGCAGAUGGUGCAAAUCAUCGAGAUGCACAAUUUAUGUAUGCUUCAUGUAUUUAUAAAAAAAAUCCAUACGAGGCGAUAGAAUAUUUUGGAAAAGCAGCUACACAACAACAUACUGCUGCGAUGCAUAAUUUAGGAUUGUUAUAUUAUAAUGGUAAACUAAUUAAAGUUGACAAAGAGAAAGGAAAAGAGUGGUUUAGAAGAGCUGCAGAUGGUAAUUUGGAAGCCUCCAUUAACUUUUGCAAAAAAAAUGGGAUCAAAUUCAAAUAA